AUGCUUGUCUCGCAAAACAUGCGACUGUGCAAACCUGCGCUGAGUUUGGCAAAGAGAUUGAUCAUGCGAGUCGAUGUCAUCCUUUGCAUGUCUUCAUCAAGUGUUGAAGUGCUAUUUGCCAGGAAGCUCAUGCGCCGAGCCACCAAACGGGCUGAGCAGCUGGCGAAUUCAGGUGCAUCCUGGGCGGCCAAGUUCAGAGCAUUUAUGCAGAAGGAAACCAGCUUUUGGGACAUAACCUUUUGCCUCCUGUGUCGUUACGAUGCAAUGUGUGGUCCUGGUCACAAAGAAGGUGGCGGAUUUCAUGCAGCUAUUCCGGCUGCAACAUUUGAUGCCUUGGAUAGUAUGGGUGACAUCGGUGAUGUAUUUAUGAAGUCUGUAAAGGUGGAGUGCUUUGCAUCUCCACAGCUGUGCAAUGGAGUCCGUGGAGCAUGGAAUUACUGUUCUGCUUUCAAAGAUUUGGACGUUCUUUUCGGCUCCUUAGGGCCUUUCUUGGACGAAGAAAUGGACAUCGGCAAGCUCGGAGGGACGUAUGAAGUUAAUCCGCCUUUUGUUCGAGGAGUCGUCUUGCGUCUUGCAAGCAAGCUUCUGAAUGCAUUGGAGAUGGCACAAUCAGAAGGUAGAUCCCUCUGCAUUUUCCUGGUGCUACCGGGGCUUGCUCAACAUAAGUUGAUGGAAGGGAAGCAAAGUCUUCCGCAGGACAGCGAUGCAUUGGAUCAGUUGCUAGGGUGUCAGUUCCGAAGAGCUUUUUCUGCUUCAACACGGCGUGCUUUUACAAACGGUUUAGCUUUCAAAACUGAGAAAGCUUGGCCGCUUUUUGCGGUCCCAACGACGCUGGCCUUGUUUGAUUCCAAUGCGAAAGCCGAAGUUGCUGAGAGCUUCCAGUGCUUGUGCGAAUCUUGGGGACACGAAGAGCCAGUGGAAAAGAGCCAGUGGCUUCGUGGCAUGAUCUCAUUUGAUUUCAUUGUCUUUGCUUCCUUGAAUGCUAAAACUUUUUUGCAGCUCUCAUGUGGCUUGAGCGCCUAG